CUGUAUUUUGAGGGUGUAGUUCCACCGGAAGACUGAGGGGGCAGCAGAGCGCGCGGCAUAAAUACAGCCUGUCCUUAAACGGCUCGUAGAAGCCGGAGGUGGAUCUGAAAGCGGAAGUGAUUUGCUCGUGUCCUUGUGAGAAAGAGAGGCGACUGCAGACGGAAAUAAAGAUGAACAGACACAUAUUUGCGCUGCAGCAGGUGGCUCGGAGGACCAUCAGCAGCUCCGGCCGCCGGCUGGAGAACCAGGUCCCGCAGAAACAGAAGAUGUUCCAGGAGGACAACGGGAUGCCGAUUCAUUUAAAAGGCGGCGUCAGCGACGCCCUGCUCUACAGAUUGACCAUGGCCCUCACCGUGAUGGGAAGUGGAUACGUUGUGUACGAGCUGGUGAAGGCGGCGUUCCCCCAGAAGAAAGUCUAACUCCACUCCAUGUUUACUUCGGUUUAAAAUAAAUCAAAUGUACGCCGGCCGCUCUACAUUGUGUAAUAAAUCUGUAUGUUCCGGUGGUUCCUGUCCUGGCGGAACGUUUGUUUCAUGUUCACGGGAUCAAUAUUUAUUUUGUGCACUCUCUCUGAUGACCUGAGGAUCAAUAAAGAACACCUCUCAUGACCAAAA